AUGGCUUCUCAAGUUCGAGUCCUCAGGUUCCCCCGGAGUGACGACAAGUCUUCCUUUGUCCUUUUGCAAGCCACACCCAAGGGUUCAAAACAACUUGAUCUGAAGCUGGUGGGCACUGAAGGAGAGGAGCCGUAUGUCGCAUCAUUGAAACAUGAUAAGGUCGUGUCUCUCCGUGUGAAGAAUUGCCCUGCUUCAGAGAACGAAUGGCAGCAGAUUCUCGAAGACUUGUUUCAGCAGGAACCCCUUCCAGAUAUUCAAGCCACAGCCACGGUCCAGAGUAAAAGGUCUAUCUCAAUCACCAUUCGAAAGGAUAUACAGGGUAUUACUCAACGUCUGGGCUCAAUCACCCUCAAUCAUGAUCCAGACGAGGCCAUUGAGUUAUUCGAUUGGUGUGGUGCAGCGGUCGAGUCCUCUGUCUCAAGUAAACAGACUGCGGCCAACCUGUCGGCCAAAUCCUCCGAGUCGGAGGCUGCUGUGGCCCAGCUUCAGUUGCAGUUGGAAGAGCUAAUCAAAGCGAAAGAUGAGGAUGAGACAGCGCUGCUAAGGAAGUUUAGGGAUCUCCUAAACGAGAAGAAGGUCAAAAUUCGCGAGCAGCAGCAAGUAUUGGCAACACUAUCAACAAAUCCCGGCAUGGCAGGCCAAUCGCAACCUUCACAGGUUGUUGAAGCCGAGGUUCAGCAACCGAAACCAAGGAAGCCUGCUCGUCAAGCUGGCAAGUCAAGGGCGUCGAAAAGAAAGGCCCCCGCGUCAAGAAGAGUUGAGGAGUCAGAUGACGAUGAUGCUGUUGACACAAUGAGCGUCGACCUUAAGCAGGAGGCCGAGGAUACGGAUCCCGGAAACACCACAGAAGCGACAGCAUCCGUUGAUAGCGAUGACGGAGAUGACGAUGGGAUUGACUUAAGUUCUCCUCAACAGAACAAAGCACAAGCCGCUGUUUCACGAGGAAAGACUUCUUCCAAAGAAAGUGAAAGACCGCCGCCACCUCGAGCUCUCCCGUUCGAGACAAAGAAAUCAACAAAGCCUACACCUGCGCCUGCGACUGCAGGGAGCGAUACCGAGUCCGACGAUGAGCUGUGA